AUGCGUGGGUGCUUGACCAAGUUCGCCAUGAUCCACUGUAGAGCUGUGGAUGUGGUGUCCGUACCCGCAUUCAGGAAUUCACCACAAAGCCCCACCAUCUCCUCUUCGUCUAAUCUCCUGUUGUCUUCUUCCGGAAGCUGCAAAUCCGCCAGUGUGUCCACACGAGACCUAAUGAGUGGAAUCAAUACUCUGUCCUGGUCUUGGCGCAUCUGGAUUAGUUCCUUCCAUCGCCCGCGGAAGAAAAUCUUCCCUAGUCGAGGCCACAUGUUGAGGACAUUGAAUCUGCGGAAUCCCAAAAGGAGACGGGGAGAGGACCCAGCGGCGGGAGGUGGAGUGGAGCCUGACGCGGGAGGGGUGGAGGAUUUCGUGGCUGAGGUUGCGGCGGAGUAG